CUCGAGCAUGGGAAGUGGUCACUCGCGCUUGUCAAGUAUUGCGCAUGCAUAGAUCAAGAGUUCAGUGUUCGGAGUCAACGCUGACAAGCAUGCAACUAUUGUCAGACGUUUCUUCAUAAUGUGCACCUUCAUCACUCCUUCCUUCGUCACGAAGUGUUCAUUUCCAUCCUCCUUCGCGGUCGCGUUUUCAUUCCUGCUGGGGGACUUGUUGUCGAACAUAUUCGCGAGCUUCGUGCUCUACCUGACGCAGCCUUUUGCUCAGGGCGACUGGGUGCAGAGCCCAGACGGGAAGGUCGACGGCUGGAUUCAGACAGUAGGUUGGUAUUACACCACCGUCAUGGGUUGGGACAAGCGGCCGCAAUACAUCCCGAAUUCUACCUUUGGUUUCAUGCCGCUGGUCAACUGCUCACGCAUGACCCACAGGCGCAUCAAGAUCGAGGGUCCUUUGAGAAUGCGUGACCUCGAUAAGGUUGAAGAAAUCCUCAAGGAUGUCAGGAACAUGGUUGAGAACCACAACGAUGUCGACGAGAGCAUGCACCGUCUCUGUCGCCUGAAGAGUAUCGACGAGUAUUUCGUCACCUUGUGGGUGAGCUGCUACACGCGUAGCAUAACUCUCGCCAAGUACUUGCAAAUCCAGGAGAGUAUCCUCCUGGGCAUCUGCUCCAUCCUGCGCAGGUUACUGAACGCGCGCAGCCUGCUUCUCGCGCACGAGCGUGACCUGGAGGAGCGGCAGGCGGCCCUGGUGGACGGGCGGGGGACCAUUGAGGAGCUGGAGGCCGACGUGGCCAGGCUCCGGACAGAGGCGGCGGCGAAGGAAGCCGGCCUCCAGCAACAUUUGGAGCUGAACCGCGCGCGCGAGGCGGCCGUCGAGAGGCGCCGGCGCGCCCUGGAGGCCAAGUACUACGCCAUGGAACGGCGCGGGGAGGCGUUGCAGAAGCUGCAGCUGAGCGCGGAGGUGUUCAACAUAAGGCCGGCUCUCGCGGCCAAAUUCCAGGAGGAGGCAUUGCAGAUGCGUGCGCAGAGCGUGGAGGUGGCCUGGAAUAGCGUGGCCAUGGAGAAAGAGGCCAACAUGUGGGAGAAGGAGUCCCUGGAGAAGGAGAUGGCGCUGCUCGAGCGCAAGAGGGCACUGGGCGGCAGCGGAGCCGUGUUGGAGGCGGGCCCGAGCGUGGCCGCCACGAGCCCCACUGCCCCCAGCAGCGAGGUCGAGGCGGGCGCCGCCGCAGAGGCGGGGGCCCCAGAUGCCGCCGACGCCCCCGCACCAGCUGGCGGCGCAGCCGCCGAAGGUGCGGCGGCUGAAGAGGCGACUGGGGGUGCGGCUGGAGAGGCGUUGGAAGCGGACCUUUCCGACAUUCGCGAGCAAGCCGCGGUGGCGAUAGGCGGCGAGUGAGUUGCGCGCCUCCUCCUCCUCCUCCUCCUCCUCCUCCUCCUCCUCCUCCUCCUCCUCCUCC